AAAUAAAUCGCGCAGAAGGCAAAACUAAACCCCUAACCCCAACUGAGGCCGGGCGUCAGCGUCACCGCCACAAGUGUGGAUUCUAGCUUGCCGCCGCCGUCGCUCUCUUUAGUUCUGCAGAAUGGAGGAAUCCUCGGUGCUGAACAAGAUGUUGCUUAAUCUUCGCGCAACGUGCAAGUACUAUACUGGCUACCCAAGGGAUCUAGGACCAUCAAGAGUUGUUCAUUUUACCUCGGAGCGUGAAUUUGUACAGCUUCUUCACCAAGGUCACCCUGUGGUUGUUGCAUUUACCAUAAAAUGUAACCUCACCAAACGUCUAGAUAGAGUACUGGAAGAAGCUGCAGCAGAGUUCCAUCCUCAUGUAAAAUUUAUGCGUGUUGAGUGCCCAAAGUAUCCUGGAUUUUGCAUAACACGCCAAAAGACAGAAUAUCCCUUCAUAGAAAUAUUUCACAGUCCAGAACAGGCAGCUGAUCAAGUGAAGGCUGUUGAUCCAAAUAUCACAAAGUACGCUGUCAAAGUUUUACCCUUCGACAAUGAUGUCAGUGCCUAUGGAUUCAGAGAGUAUUUCAAGCGCAACGGGAUAAAGUCUUCCGACUGAAGUUUGUGGAUGUAGAUUGUAGAUCUCGAUCUUUCUUGAGAAUGCAGAAUAUAUCUUGUUGGUUCAACUAUCUGUCCAAAAUAAUACUCCUAUUUCCAUAGUUUCGUAUAUCUAUUUGUUGA